AUGGUGACUUCACCUGCAACUUCAUCGUCGGACCACACCUCCGAUACGGCAGCUCCCAGAAGCCGACGGUCACGCGUGUCGGCUGAGCACACGUUGAACAGAGUGCGCGAGAACCAGAGGAGACAUCGCGCUCGACAGCGAGACCACGUCGCGUCGCUCGAGCAAAAGCUCGCAGAGACCGAAAAACUGCUUUCGGACGCGAGGGCGGAAAUCGUUGCGCUGAAAGAGGCGGCUGCUGCAUCGACAAACUCACAACGACAAGGACAACCCGCCAACGACGAGCAAGUCGAGAAGACAGCGCGAGGAGCAAGAUAUUUAGAAGGGGAGAAUACUGGAAUGCAACAAGUACCAUGCCCAGCACCGUCCAGUCAGCAGAACUCGCUAGCCCUCACCGUCCAACCAGGAGGCAGCAUCGACCCGCAACUGGCGUACCCUGAUGUCCACAUCCCCGACCUUUCCUUCCUGGGCGAUUCGCCCUUCUAUCUGCCGUUGAAUACCUCGCUUGCUACCUCCCUCUUGACCAUUCCGUCACAGGACCUUGCCAUCAUCUCCAGCAAUAACACUACCGCUGGUCCGCCACCAUGUUGCAGCGACCCUCCAAACUCAUCGUCAUUACCACUGCCAAAUUCGCCUAAUGAUUUGGAGUGCUCGUCUUGCAAGACUAAGCCCCCACCUGAUCCGUCAGAGAGCACUACGUUGUGCGCUCAAGCGUUUGUUAUGAUCGGCCAGCAGAACUUUAGGAAUCUGGAUCCAGAUACCAUUCGGCUUUGGUUGGCGCAGGGACUGAGACGAGCGCAAAAGGAGGGUGAGGGAUGUAGAGUUGAAAAUGGAGCGUUGAUGAGGUUGUUGGAUUUCAUUAGUGGGUUGUAG